GAGCGACGUAAUUCCUAAGCGACUAGAAAAAUCAUCCAAACAUCACUUGGUGUGAUUGUUUAGUGUUUGUGCGGUUAUUUUCCCGAGGAUCGGAACAUAAUGGCAUUGGAAACGGUCCCCAAAGAUCUGCGCCACCUACGAGCCUGUCUGCUGUGUUCGUUAGUGAAGACCAUUGAUCAGUUUGAAUAUGACGGCUGUGACAACUGUGAGUCGUACCUCCAGAUGAAGGGGAAUCGAGAGAUGGUGUAUGAAUGCACAAGUUCCUCGUUUGAUGGUGUGAUUGCCCAGAUGAGCCCUGAAGAUAGCUGGGUGGCUAAAUGGCAGAGAAUAGGCAACUUCAAGCCAGGUGUGUAUGCAGUGUCAGUGACUGGCAGACUACCUCCAGGCGUGGUGAGAGAGCUGAAAAGCAGAGGAGUGAUCUACAAAUCCAGAGACACGGCGGUGAAGACGUAAAUCCUGCGGUUUGUCACCAGAGUUGGACCAUACCGCUUCACCGUGUCUGUGAUGUUUUGUGUAACUGUUAGUUUUUGGGUUUUGUUAUUAGAAAUAAUCAAAAAGGUGGAUAUUUUAAUUUGUUUGAACAGUUGAGGUGAAAUAAAGAUCUGUUUAUAAAAAAAAAAAAAAAAAAAAAACAGAAAUACAGGGGUAUUUUUUUAAGUUUCUGGAACAAAUUCAUCCCCCAACAACAUGCUCAUCAUCCUGCAUGAAUAAUUUAGUUCCAAACAGCUGGCAAAGCUUUUCCUAGAUGGGACAUUUUCAGCAGUUUGCGGUAGAGUGGGACGUAUUUCUUCUGCAGUCUUCUCUACACUCCCCUAUACAUGAAUGCUUACAUCUUUAUCUUUUUGACACUAUGAGCUCCUCUGUGGAAAAAUUCUAGCAGUCGGACACUCUGAGAAACCUGAGCUCAGUGAUGCCGAGCAAAGGACUUGACUGUCCUCACCAGUGAUUUCUCAACAUCUUCAAUAUCACCGUCUUCAAAGUCAGGCUCGACGCGUCCAGGUGAAGACCCCUGAAGAAAAGAAUGGCUGAUCAAACAAACCUUUAACCGCUGUGUAUGUGGGACUGCUUUCUGCUGCUGGUUUGAAUGAAAACGUCUCACCUACUCAUGCGACACAUCACAGUCAGACACUGACAGCCAUUUCAGUCCAGCUGCAUGAAUACCGAAUGUGAUGCAUUAGGAUUAAAUGGUUGAAAUGAACAAUAA